AUGAAAAGCCUUGGUAAUUUUCUCAGUUAUUCCCUAUUCGCGCUUACAUGCGUGCAACCUGUACUGGCCAACUCUGGCCACUCUGGUAUGGUUUCUGACGGUCUGAUAAAUGGUUUACCUGUCAUUGACUUGGACGUAAAACCCGAUAAAUGCCCUCCAUGCUUCAAUUGUAUGCUUCCCGCGUUUUCUUGCAAGCAGUUUGCUAAGUGUAAUGAAUUUACUGGUAGAUGCGACUGUCCCCCUGGUUUUGGAGGUGAUGAUUGUGCGUCCCCUGUUUGUGGUGGCUUGAAUGAAGGACUUAAUAGGCCUGUUCGCAAUGGCACUGAAGAGUGUGCUUGUGAAGAUGGAUGGGACGGAAUCAACUGCAAUAUAUGUACAGAAGACUCCUCUUGUGACGCUUUUAUGCCUGAGGGACUUAAGGGGACGUGCUAUAGAGGUGGAAUUCUUGUUGAGAAAAAUUACCAGAUGUGCAAGGUUACAAACCGCAAAAUUCUUGAUAUUUUGAACGGUAAGAUCCCCCAAGUUACCUUUAGUUGUAACGCCACCUCUGCUGACUGUAAUUUUCAAUUUUGGAUUGACCAGAGUGAAAGUUUUUACUGUGGUCUUGAUACAUGCCAGUUCGAGACAGAAUUCAAAGGCGACACCAACAUUACCCGGUACUCUUGUGAAAAUGCUUAUUGCAAGUGUAUUCCUGGUCGCAUGCUUUGUGGUGAGGCUGGCUCUAUUGAUAUUUCAGAUUUCUUGACAGAAACUAUUAGGGGACCGGGUGAUUUUCAAUGUGAUUCAAAAAAGGGCGGCUGUAGUUUUUCUGAACCCUCGAUGAAUGAUUUAAUUAAGUCUGUGUUUGGCGACCCAUCCAUUACUUUGGCUUGCAGGAGCAGUGAAUGUUUACAUUACACUCAACUUCCUGGAUAUGUCCCUCCUUCUCAAUCUCUUAACAAGCGUUUGGUUAUUGCCUCUCUUGUUGGUGCUCUGCUUAUUAUUGCUGGAGGAAUUGCUGCUUAUAGACUUCUUAUCCAAAUUACCCAAGAAAAGUCAGGUUUUAUUGCGCUUCCUACGGAAGACGACAGCAGCAAGCUUAUGGCUGGUCAUUUGCCAGCAACUCUUCAAUUUUCCGAUGUGUCUUAUAAUGAUAAUGAAAAAACUAUUAUUAGCGGGGUUAUGGGAACUGUCAGUCCAGGAGAAAUUAUGGCCAUUAUGGGUGGUUCUGGUGCUGGUAAAACAACCCUUCUUGAUAUUCUUGCCGCUAAAACUAAGCGCGGUGUAGUUAGCGGAAGGAUUACUGUCAAUGGCCACGAGGUUCCCAAAAAGGAUUACAAACGAGUUAUUGGCUUUGUCGACCAAGAUGAUUAUCUUAUGCCCACUCUUACAGUUUACGAAACCAUUGUUACCAGUGCUCUUUUACGUCUUCCCAAGAGCAUGUCUACUGACGCCAAGAAGCUUCGAGCUAUUGAAACCAUGAGCGAACUUGGGAUUUUAGGAAUCAAAGAUCAACUCAUUGGUAAUGAAGAGAACCGUGGUAUUUCUGGCGGUGAAAAAAGACGAGUGGCCAUUGCUUGCGAACUGGUGACUAGCCCCUCUAUUUUGUUCCUUGAUGAGCCCACAUCUGGUCUUGACGCUUACAAUGCUUUUAACGUUGUCGAAAGUCUUAUUAAACUUGCACGCAACUACAAUCGUACUGUUGUUUUCACUAUUCACCAGCCUCGUUCUAACAUUGUUUCCCUUUUUGAUAAACUUGUUUUGUUAGCAAAGGGCCGUCUUGUUUACUCUGGCAAACAAUCUGAAGCUGCUCAAUUCUUUUCUGAACUUGGCUACGACUGCCCUCCUGGAUUCAAUGUUGCAGACUUUUUGAUUGACUUGACAAUGCUUGCCACCGGCUCUGUUCCUCUUGAUGACAACGAUGAUGAAAAUGUCGAAGACCGGUUUGAUGGUUGGCUUGGUACCCGCAGUGCUCGUAAUUCCGUGUCUACUGAGCCUGUUCCUUCUGCUGCUAAUCCCCCUGAUGAAAACCUUCACAGUCCUAUUCCUCGCACUGAUAGUCUUGGAAUUGACAGUACUUCUGAAUGGAGACAUUAUGCUUCUCAUAGAGAUGAAAUCAUUGCUCCUACACCAGCGACUCAGCUAUCGAAACCUAGCAUUCCUAGUGGAUUUGCUACAGCAACCUCUAAUCGACCAAUCACUUUGGAAUCGCUUGUAGAAUCAUAUGAAUCGAGUGCUCUUGCUGGUUCUCUCAGAAACGAGAUCGAAUCUUCUCGGUCUAGUGAAGAAGAGAGUGUUGACGGUAAUGGCUCGAAUCACAGCAGUAUUUCACUUAAAGGUCAUUCACGCAUUGGUUUUGUUGGUCAGUUUAAGAUUCUAUCUGUUCGCACGUUUAAGAAUCUGUAUCGUGACCCUAUGCUUUUGUUAACACACUAUAUUAUUGCCACCAUGCUGGCCAUGUUUUGCGGCUUCUUAUAUUACAAUGUUGCGAAUGACAUUAGUGGUUUCCAAAACAGACUUGGUCUCUUUUUCUUUUUGCUUGCAUUGUUUGGAUUUAGCACAUUGACUACACUUAAUUUGUUUGCAGACGAGCGUAUCAUUUUCUUGAGGGAACGAUCCAAUGAUUACUACCGUCCUAUUUCCUACUAUGUCGCUAAGGUUAUGUUUGAUAUUGUCCCAUUGCGCGUCUUUCCCCCAAUAAUCUUGGGACUUAUUUUAUAUCCUCUUGUUGGUCUGACGUUUGAUGAUGGCGCAUUCUGGAAAUUUUUGGUUAUUUUAACCUUAUUUAAUUUGACUGCAGCUGCCAUUUGCUUGCUGAUUGGCAUUCUCAUUAAAAAUUCUGGAGUGGCCAACCUUGUUGGAAGUUUAUUUAUGCUUUUUAGCUUGUUGUUUGCUGGUCUCUUUUUGAACCACGACAGCAUGCCUGCAGGGACUGUGUAUCUUCAGUACCUAUCAAUUUUCCACUAUGCAUAUGAAGCUCUGGCAGUCAAUGAAGUGCGCUACCUAACAUUGACAGAACGCAAGUUUGGCUUGAGCAUCGAAGUCCCUGGUGCUACUAUUCUCAGUACUUUUGGCUUUGAUAGUGGCGCCGUGUUAUUUGAUAUUAUGGGCCUGUUUGGCUUUUUUAUCACGUUCUUAGUUGCUGGAUAUGUGGCGAUGCAUUUUAUUUUGGUGGAGAAGAGAUGA